AUGGCGACGGUGCUGCCGCUCGCCGCCGCCUCGGCCUCGGCCUCGCCGAGGACUUGCAUCUCCGGCGGCCUAGUUCCCGUGCCGUUCCUCGGAACUCGCAUGCGUAUCCGCAUCCACAGCCCGCCGCGGGGCGUUGCCUGCGCCCUCCGACGGAGACCCUCUAAGUACAAGGCUAAAAUCCAGAGUGAGGAGGAUGUGGUGGCUGCAGAAGAUGUCAUGGAUGAUGAUGAUGACGAGGAUGGUGCACUGGAAGCACUUUUCAAGCAGCUGGAAGAAGAUCUUGAGAAUGAUGAUUUAUCUGUAGAUGACGACGAUGAUGGUAUAUCAGAAGAAGAUAUGGCAAGGUUUGAAAAGGAGUUGGCAGAAGCAAUUGAAGAUGUCAGUGGCGUAGAUGAAUCAGCAGGUGGUUCGUUGCUGAGCUCUGGGGACUAUGGUAUUGAUGAGCAAAUAGAUGGAAGCGAACUACCAGAGCUGAAAACCUGGCAACUCCGGAGACUAGCUCGUGCACUGAAAAUUGGUCGGCGUAAAACUAGUAUAAAGAAUCUUGCAGGGGAGCUAGGUUUAGAUAGGGGUUUGGUCAUUGAAAUGCUCCGAAAUCCACCACCGAAGCUUCUACUCAUGUCUGAUUCUUUGCCUGAUGAAGCCCCUUCUAAAUCUGAAGUGAAGGAAUUAGAACCCCCUAGUUCAACCACUGUUGACGAGGUUGAUACCACUGAAAUCAAACCACAGUUGGAGCUUCCAGUGCAUGUCAUGAGUGCAGAAUGGUCUGCACGAAAAAGACUGAAAAAGGUGCAACUUGAGACCUUAGAAAGAGUCUACCUGCGAAGCAAACGGCCCACGAAUACAAUGAUCAGCAGCAUAGUUCAAGUGACAAACCUUCCACGAAAGACCAUUGUUAAGUGGUUUGAGGAUAGAAGGGAACAAGAUGGGGUCCCUGACCAUCGUGUUGCAUUCAAGAGAUCCCUAUCUGAGAUUGGUGCUAGUUCAUAA